UCUGUACCGUCGACGGUCUCCCGGUGGACGUUCUCAUUAAUGGAGCUGAUGCACAAAACAGAGCGAUAGAAGGUGAUGUGGUUGCUGUAAUGUUGGAUCCUGUUGUGUACUGGACCAAGUUGAGAGGAUCGAAUGAUGCUCUGAUCUCCAAGGCAACAACCGAUUCAACUAAGAACAGGGACUCCGAGAAGGGAGAAGCUGCAAGAGCUUUGGAGAGAAUACGUGCUACGUUGAGUUGCAAUCCAUCGAAGCGACCAACUGGGAGAGUCUUGUCUAUCAUCAGAAGCUCUCCUCUUCGUGAAGCAGUGAUUGGUCUUCUUGCUUCGAAUCCAUGGUUUCCUGAAGGAGAAGAAUAUGGAAGAGAGUUGGAUUACGUACAGCUGAUACCUACAAAUUCCAAAUUGCCAAUGAUGGUAAUCACCGUGGAAAGUCUUCCAGGUUGUGCAAAGGAAAGGCUCAUCAAUGGCGACGUAUCAAUCGAAAGGGAACUGGUAGCUGCUCGAAUAGAGGAGUGGAAGGAAGGAAGUGUCUGCCCCAAAGCACAGGUUAUCCGCAUGUUGGGGCGAGCGGAGGAAAUUGGGCCACAGAUCAGUGCUGUAUUGUUUGAGCAUGCAAUCAGAGCUGCAGACUUCUCUCCGGAGUCUUUGUCUUGUCUUCCAGAAGCACCAUGGAAGAUCCCUACGGAGGAAUAUGAGACCAGAAAGGACCUUAGAAACACUUGCACCUUCACAAUCGAUCCUGCGUCUGCAACCGACCUCGAUGAUGCAAUAUCUAUCGAAAAGGUAUCCGAAAAAGUAUUCCGAAUCGGUGUCCACAUCGCUGAUGUUUCAAGGUUUGUUCUUCCAGACACAGCAUUAGAUAGAGAAGCCCGAAUCCGAUCCACCAGUGUGUACAUACCGCAGCACAAGCUGCCAAUGUUGCCUCCAGAGCUUUCUGAGGAAGCGUGUUCGCUUGUACCAGGUGAGGAUAGGCUUGCCUUCUCCAUCACUUGGGACAUUGAUGACACCGGAAACAUCACCGGGCGGUGGAUCGGCCGAUCUGUGAUCCAUUCAUGCUGCAAGCUAUCAUACGAUGAUGCGCAGGACAUCAUUGAUGGAGGAUUUGAGGUUGAUGUUUCAGGGAAAACGGUACCUAAAUUGCAUGGGCAGUUUGAGUUAAAGGAUGUUGUUGAUUCUCUUAGAAGCCUGCAUGGGAUCACCAAGAAGAUGAGGGAGAUCAGAAUAAGAAAUGGAGCAGUUUGGAUUGAGACUCCUAAGCUUGUCUUCUUGUUGGAUGAGAGUGGGAAUCCAUAUGACAGCUUACUUGGUGUGAGGAAGGAGUCAAGUUAUCUUGUUGAGGAGUUGAUGUUGUUGGCAAAUAAAUCAGUUGCAGAGGUCAUAUCCAAGGCUUUCCCAGACUGUGCUCUACUUCGCAGGCAUGCUGAGCCUAUGUCGAUGAAGCUCAAAGAGUUCCAAGAAUUUUGUAGGAAACUCGAGUUGGAUGCUUCGUCAUCCGGCAAACUUCAGCUCGCACUACCCAAGAUGAGACAGAAACUGAAGAAUGAUCCUAUGUUGCUUCAAAUUCUUUUGGCACGUGCUGCAAGGACAAUGCAAUUAGCAGUCUAUUUUUGCACAGGAGAUUUGAGAGGCAGAGAAGAUGAGUGGGCUCAUUAUGGACUGUCAAUCCCACUCUACACACAUUUCACUUCUCCGUUGAGAAGAUAUCCUGACAUUAUUGUACAUAGAACAUUGGCUGCAGUGGUUGAAGCCGAAGAGGCUUAUGCGGAGAAAAGGCUGAGUUGUCCUGCAUCUGAUUCAGGUGAAUGGAUUGGCAAUGGAUGUUUUACUGGUCUUUAUUUUGAUAAGGAGGCUGCAGAAUCUGAGGAAGGUAGAGAAGCAUUGUUGUCUGCUGCUGUGAGAUGUGGAGUUCCUGCAUCUGAAGUGGUAUCUAAAGUUGCUGCAUAUUGUAAUGAAAGAAAAAGAUCUAGCAAGCAUGCUGAGCAAUAUGCAGAAAAUGUUUAUCUCUGGGCUUUGUUGAAGAACAAGGAGGUGAUGUUUUCCGAAGCUAGGGUUCUAACAGUAGGACCAUAUUUCAUGACAGUCUACAUAUACAAAUUAGCUAUUGAGAGGAGGAUAUAUUUUGGUGAAGUUGAAGGAUUGGCUAUUAAAUGGAUUGCAACUACUGAGGCUGUAGAAUCUGAGGAAGGUAGAGAAGCAUUGUUGUCUACUGCUGUGAGAUGUGGAGUUCCUGCAUCUGAAGUGGUAUCUGAAGUUGCUACAUAUUGCAAUGAAAAAAAAAUAUUUAGCAAGCAUGCUGAGCAAUUUGCAGAAAAUGUUUAUCUCUGGGCUUUGUUGAAGAACAAGGAGCCUCGAGGUCAAAACCGUAAUUAUGCCAAAACCCUAAUCUGCGCCGCCGUCGCUGCCUGCGUGUGCGGUGCUGCCGCUGAAGGGCUGGCCGUGGCUAUUACCGCGUCUACUACGACGUUGCGUGCGAUGCUGCCGCUACCAUCGCGGGGGCUACCUCUGCCCACGAGCGGCCGCUGCGGCGGUUCCAGCCCACGCGUGGUUGCUGCUAGCGCGCGACCGUCGCUAGUGCGCGGUUGCCACGCCACGAUGCUGCUUGUGCCGCUCGUGCUCGCUGCCACUACCUGCGCUCGGUUGCCGCGGUUCCCGCCUGCGCUUGGCCGUCGCCUUAGCGCGGCUGCUGCCGCUGCCCUCUAUCCACGGGGGCAACGGCUGCCGCCAUCUACGGCCACUGCCCUUCCGCAGGCACCUUAUGCGGGUGCCAGCAUUAUGUGUGAGGGCGACCGUCGCCUUCACAUGGGGUGCAGCCGUCGCCUUCCACGGUCACCACGUGCACAGGCGAUGAGGGAUGCCCGUGGUGCCGCCACAGCUCGCAAGCGGACCUCUGCCCAUGCACGACCGUGA